CCUAUUUUGAAGCAAUUUCUUUAAUACUACUGUAAUAACAGCUGUUUACAAUAGAAGCACGAACUGCCGAAAUGAGGAGUGCGAUGAGGGUGGUAAUGAAGCUGGCCGCCGCAACGGUAGCUGCGUUGCUGUGGAUUGGAUUUGCCACGGCGGCGGGCGGCGGGGAGAAGACCAAAUCGGGAGGAGCUGGACGGAGCGAGUGCGGAAAUAUUACGAUACAGUACCCGUUCGGCUUCGGGAAGAACAGUUACUUGCACGAAGGAUUUAAGCUGAGCUGCGACUGGAAGUCAAAUCUGUGGACGACCCAGCCCCCCGGCACUCAAAUCACAGCCAUUGAUUACAGCAAAGGGGAGAUGGAUAUUCUGAUGCCAGUAUCCCGCGAAUGCCACAACGAAUCCGGCCAAAAGGUCGUCUCCGAACCGGCCUCGCUUAAACUGCCAGACGCCUUCACCGUUUCCAGCAAAUCAAACACGCUCUUCUCCGUCGGCUGCAACACUUACGGGGUUUUCAAGAGCUUGAAGGGGGACAUUGAUUUCUCAAAUGGGUGCGGGCAGUCUUGUGACAGACCACCGGAAAAGAAGGACGCCAGGAACUGCUCUGGGUGGGGGUGUUGCCAGACGGAUAUUCCGGCGAUCGGGUUGAGGAGCAUCAAGGCCAACGCCAGUACUUUUGAAUUCAACAAAAAUGUGUGGAAAUUCAACAACUGCAGCUAUUGUUUUGUGGCGAAAGAUGGGUGGUAUGAUUUCAUCCCGGAGGAUCUCACACGUCUGAGGUUUGGCUCGGCGCCUUUGGUCAUAUAUUGGGCGGUCGGGGAUCAGAACCAGACCUGUAAAAGUGCUGAUAAGGAGGAUGGACGAUAUGUUUGCGGCAACAACACAGAGUGUGUCGACACGGAAUUCAUGUCUGGGUACAAUUGCAAAUGCAAGGACGGUUAUGGCGGCAAUCCAUACCACUCUUCUGGUUGCCGGGAUGUAGACGAAUGCAGCAAUAAAACGGCACCUGAUUACCCUUGCGUGGAAAGUGCAAUUUGUAAGAACCAUGAUGGUGGCUACACUUGUUUGUGCCUGAAAGGAUAUGAAGGAGAUGGGCAAAAAAAAGGAACAAAAUGUACCCACAAACCUAGUCACGUGCCUAUAAUUGGUUCGAGUGUGAGUGUUGCUGUCACAUCAUUGGUCGUAGUAAGCUUCUUCAUAUAUUGGGGAUUGAGGAAGAGGAGACUUAGCAAACUUAGAGAGCAUUUUUUUCAACAAAAUGGUGGCAUAUUGUUACAGCAACAAAUAGCUAGAAAUGGAGGACCAAGCGAUAUAAGAAUGAAAAUCUUCACACUGGAGGAUCUUGAGAAAGCGACCAACAAUUUUGAUGAAAAAAAUGUCUUGGGUCAAGGAGGAUAUGGAACAGUUUAUAAAGGUGUACUCACUGAUACGGGUGUGGUUGCAAUAAAAAAGUCCAAGAUUUGUGAGAAAAGUCAAGUGGAACAGUUCAUCAAUGAGGUCGUCGUUCUCUCACAAAUCAAUCAUAGAAAUGUUGUCAAGCUCUUUGGGUGUUGUUUAGAGACUGAAGUUCCAUUACUAGUUUAUGAGUUUAUAACCAAUGGCACUCUCUAUGAGCAUCUCCAUACAGAGGUGCAAUCAUCUAUUCUUUCAUGGGCAGUCCGUUUAAGAGUGGCAUCAGAAUCAGCAGGCGCGCUUUCAUAUUUACACUCAGCAGCUUCUCCCCCAAUCAUUCACAGAGAUGUAAAGACAGCAAAUAUACUACUAGAUGAUACGCUUACCGCAAAAGUCGGUGACUUUGGAGCUUCAAGGCUUGUCCCUCUGAACCGAACUCAAGUCACAACUUUAGUUCAAGGAACUUUUGGAUAUCUUGACCCAGAAUACUUCCACACAGGCCAAUUGACAGAUAAAAGUGACGUUUAUAGUUUCGGGGUUGUUCUCGCAGAGCUGUUAACAGGAGAGAAAGCAAUUUCGCCUACUAGGGAAGAGGAUGAUAGGAAUCUAGGGGCUUAUUUAGUUUCUUCUCUGAACAAUGGGCGCUUGUCCGAAAUUGUGGAUAAUCGGAUAGUUAACGAUGUAAACUUUGAGCAAUUUAAUGAAGUUGCGAAAAUUGCGAGCCAGUGUUUGAAGGUGAGGAGGGAUGAUAGGCCGACUAUGAAACAAGUGGCAAUGGAAAUAGAGGGAUUGAUAGUUCUUGAGAGGAACUUUGUCACAGGAUCAAGGAAAAAUGAAAUUUCUGCAAAAGAGUUUGACCAUCUUUCUGCGUCUUCAUCUUCUCAUGCAAUUAAUAAUGUCAGAGAUUCGUUCACCUGUGGUGGGAAUAAAAGUGAUGGAGAAAGCAUGGAGCCAUUUUCUAGAUCAUUAAGUAGUGGGAGAUGAUGGUAAUUAAUUCUUGAUUUUCCCUAAAGCUGAAUUUUUGCAUGCUACGUUUCUUAGACUCUGCUGAGUUUCCUUUUCUAAUUCUACCAAAAUAUUUGGCAUUCAAUAAUUAAUUUAUAAUUCUUAUUGUUUCUCGAUCA